CCGGCUGCGAGCGGGUCGGUGCGUCGCUGUCGCUCCGCGUCCCGUCCGUGGCGUCGUCCGUCGUCCGAGCAAGUCGCGGCGUGGCGCAGGCGCAGCUACUGCAGCGGUGCAGCCAGUGGCUCUCGGCGAGUGCAGAGCGGUGCAGUGACAAGUGCAGUGACAUGUGAACCAGCGCCACCCCUGGCAAGGAUUUGCAAGGAUUACCGUGACUGCAGUGCGUGUGUGACAUGGUGUGACGCCCCUAUCAGUGCAAUACGUCAAGAAUUGUGGUGGCUGCGGCUCAGGCAGCCCAGGUGUGCAGGAGCAAGUGCUAAUAUUGAAAGUGGAAAUCGUUGUGUGGAGUGCGCCUUGUGGAAUAACUGUGUGUGCUUCAAGACCGUGUGCGUGAGCACACGCGUCGAACUAUUGGAUUUAACUCUGUCCCCACUGAUAAGGUAUGACCGGAAGUGCCGGGCCGGGCGCGUCGUCGCGACGGACCUAGAGGCCGCCGGGAGGCCGCCGAGCCCCUUGGGGCUCUUGGGGCGUACGCACGUCCGUGUGGUGAAAAAUGGCUGUAGAGUAGCGCCCGCGACGCAGUCCGCAUGAAACGGGAAAAGUCCGCCCCCCCGGCCAUGAAGCUGCUGCCCAUCUCGCUGCCCCCGUCGGGGGUGAGCGCCAUGGAGCGGCUGCCGCUGUCGCUCCCCUUCGGCGCCAGCGACUUGCUGUGGCGGUAUCCGGGGCUCAACUUCAACGUGCAGCAGGGCGCCAACACCCCCCAGCCCGCUGCCGCACCCAUGUUCGACUUCAAGAACCACCUCCCCGCGGCACUCGCCACCGAUCCGCGUAUCUGGAGUCGAGAGGACGUGUGCACGUUCCUGCGUUGGUGUGAGCGUGAGUUCGACCUGCCCAACUUCGACAUGGACAUGUUCCAGAUGAACGGCAAAGCGCUGUGUCUCCUCACCAAGACGGACCUCGGCGAGCGCUGCCCCGGCGCCGGCGACGUGCUCCACAACGUGCUGCAGAUGCUGGUCCGCGACGCCCAGUUCCUGACCCGGUGCCUGCCCAGCUCCCCCGUGACCCCCACGUCGCGCCACUUCCCACCGGCGCACGCGGCGCACGGCGUGCACUCGCCGCACCACGUGCCGCACCCCCUGUCCCCCGCGCACACCCACCCGCCGCCCACGCCAAACUGGAGCCUUCUGGUCCGGCCGGGAGGUGAGUUGGCACCGCAUGCAGACCGCGAGCGCCUCGGCGAGCGCGGGGGUGGAGGAGGAGGUGGUGGAGGGGGCGGCCACCCUCACCCUGGGCUGGCCCACCUCAUGGGCAGCAUGGCCAGCCUGGGCCACGCCGGCCUGGGCAGCCUGGGCAACCUGGGCAACCUGGGCCACGGCAACUCGGUCACCCUCAGCCCUGCGCCCUCGCUGGACAGCCAGUCGGGGUCACCGCAGCACCCGCUGGAGCACGGCUCGGUCGCGUCGUCCUUCCCGCUGCUCACUGGUUUUGGUGGCUCCAACGGCAGCUCCGGCAGCACGCAGUCCCAGUCCGACUCCGAGGAAGACAGCUACCCGGACGGGGCCAAUGGCACCAACGCCCGCGAGCAGAACGGCAACGGCUCGACGGGGUCGACGGGGUCGACGGGGAGCGGCUCCAGCCCGCCUAGCACGCCGUCGUACUUGGUGACGGGUGCGCCUUCGCACGCACCACACACGCCACACACGCCCGCCUCGCCGCGCUCACCCGCCGUCAAGGAGCCAGCCACCCCCACCAGCCAGACCGCCUCGAGCGGCUCGCUGUCCCUGCCCACCACCCCGGGGACGCCCAGCUUCAGGCCCUCCUCGGGCGCCAGGGAGUUCUUCCCGGACACGCCCGAGCCGAACACAAAUGGCCGUCUUCUGUGGGACUUCCUGCAGCAGCUCUUGAACGACGCCAGCCAGCGGUACACCAGCUACAUUGCUUGGAAAAACCGCGACACGGGUGUCUUCAAAAUUGUAGACCCUGCAGGUCUUGCCAAGCUGUGGGGUAUCCAGAAGAACCACCUGUCCAUGAACUACGACAAAAUGUCCAGAGCUCUGCGGUAUUACUACAGAGUCAACAUUCUACGCAAAGUCCAAGGAGAGCGACACUGCUACCAAUUUCUGCGUAAUCCAACAGAACUUAAAAACAUAAAAAAUAUUUCACUCCUACGCCAGCAAAUGAGCCCUACACGCCCAGCCCCUCCAGCAGCUUACAACGGCAAUAGUACAAAUGCUACUAGCAAUAGCAACACACAUCAGGCUACAUCGCCGCCGUCUCCAGUUCCAAUGAUGAUCAAAGUGGAACCUGAUUUGGACAUUGACGACACUCUUGAGGAUGCUGAGGAUAUGCCUACAGACCUCAGUAUGAUGUCCUCACAAAGCCAACGCAGACAGCAAGACCAGCAAGCAGCUGCGACUGACUUGAGCAGUCACUCUAGUGACAGGGGCCAUUUCAUCGCCCCUGAAGUGAGCAUCACCAGCAAAUAUGUUAGAGAAAUGGACUCGCCCUCAGAGAGCCAGAAUUCAGCAUAUCCGCUAUCUUUCGGCAGUCGGCCCAAUGAAACAGCUGAUAAUGUGCCAUUCCCUUUAACACUGCCACGCAGAAGUGAACCAGCGGACAGUGAGGAAAGUAAAUAGAAAUUGUGUCACCAAUGCUGACUAAUUUCAUUUUGAGUAACCUCAUUUAACAAACAUUUUUAUGUGUCAAGUGCUGUGGGAUCUUUGAGAUAAACAAACGGCAAUGUUCACAGAGGGCAUGACUUCAUAUUGCGCUAUAAAUGAAGUUACUGUAGACUUGCUAGCAAAUGCUGUUGAACUGUGAUUAAAUAAUGAUUUAUGUUAGGUCUGUAGGGUGUGUCUGUGCUCAACGUAAAGGUAUAGAACAGUAUCCUCUUGAAAAGAAUGUUUCUUUGGGUACAAGAAUGAGCUGUAUGUGACGGAUCUUGUGUAGCUGUGUGCUUUUUUCUCCCUCCUAAUCUUAAACAAAACCUGGUUUCUAUUGUCAUUUGCAUUUCCACUAGUAAUAGUUCGUGGUACCUUAUAUUCAGGCAUUUUAUCUCUAGACAUGAGUUGUUUUACGGCACUUACCACUUUUUCUCUCCUUUUUUACAAUUAUUCUGAUAUGAAUUCAAUAAGAAUUGUUGCUUGGGUUAUUGCAGAGUUGCAGUUAAGUUGUUAUAUUAAAUAAACCAUUACCUGUGGAAAAGUAAUGUGACACAGUGAGUGAUUGAAUGGAAUGAAAGUAGGCGGCCUCAGACCGCAUAUUCUUUUCUGUUUUGUCUAGAAACUCUUAGGGAUAGCCAUUCUUAAUAGUUUUUAUGUGCAUUUUCCUGUUAAAUUUUGUGAUUAAUUGAUGUUACUUGAAUGCUUGUUUUACCUCCUCUUAUGUGUUGAGAUUUUAUGCAAACGAUUUUGUACCUUGAAGCAAGACAUCUUGUAUAUUGUUUCAAUUUUAUGGAUAUAAAUGUAGACAGAGGAAAGAAUUCAUUGUUUAUCUUUAUAUUAUUUAGUACAAAAUAUUAACUUGUAAUCAGUCUUUUCCUUUUCUCAAAAUGUUAAAAUAAGACAAGAAUCAAUUUAAUCCAAUUUGUAUAUGUAUCAGUUUGUGAUAAAGAUGAAUUCAUUUUAACAUGACCGGAUAUUUAUCUGUAAGUGAUGUUAUGUUGCUAAGAAACUUAAACUGUUCAUUUAUGUGAUCAUUAAUAUGUGUUCUGAUGCUGUGGGAGAACUAUUGUGCCAAUUAUUAUUUUUAAGAGGAUUCAAAGGAAAGGAGAUAUAGUACAAUAUUUCUAUGAGUGUAACUAUCUCGAUCAAAAUCGGAGCUUUCGGGAAGAUAGUAAUCCUCACCAGCACAUUCAUCUGUGAUAAUGCUCCUAUGGUGUAUUAGUACUGUUUUGUGGACUGGUGUUCAUUUCUUUGCUCUUCUUGGCUUCUUGUGUUCUUUUCCAAAUUAAUAUCCGAUUAUUUAUCUUGCAAUACCAAUUGUUGGUUCAUUAAGGAAGUAAAGUAUGUAUUCUACAGCACCCUAAUUCUGUACAACGCUGAUUGUAUUCACUAAAUUUUUAACUUCACAUCAAUAAUAUGCUAGUUGUUAUUCAUAUUUGAUACAUAAAACAAAAAAACGACACAAAAAAAGUUAUCAAUAAGUAUUGGCCUUUUUUAAAAAAAAGAAUUAUUACUUUAUUUCUGUCCAAAUUAAUUGACCCGUCGAUACUCCUCUCACGAGAGACUAUCGGUGCUGCUGCUAGUACUACCACUGCUACCCCCUUUUUUCCUCCUCUCCCAAAUUUUGAUAUUACUGUCUUGUUCUUUUCAAAAUAAGUUGUUCCAAAUUUGCAUGCUCCAUUAGAUUUUAUCUAUCUGAACUGUGAAGAAAGGAUAUUAAUUCCAGAUUAGACCACAGGCAGGAAAACAGGAGGGAAGUGUUCUAUUUAGGCUACAACUUAGAUUUUUCUGUCGUGGCACCUCAUAAAUUAACAAAAAAUUAAAAAAAAAAAAACCAACUUUGCUGGUUGAUUAUAAAUUAUUGUAUGUAGUUUUAUAUGUGCCUUUGAAUGUGAUAAAUUGACUUAUGCUCUUAUGAGGUUGCAUGAUUUUGCAAGCUUAGGGACUAACAUGCAUGAUAUGGUGAGGUUUGCCUCUAUGGCUGGACUAGAAUUCUGCAACCUCUCCUAGGUUUGGAAUGUCUUAAGAAAGAAAGGUCAUAUGAGUGAAGCAGUCACAUCUAUUAACAACAUCUCAGUGCACUUUAUUCAUCAAGAAUGCUGGAGUUCUAAAGUAGUUUACAAUCUAGCGGGUGAUUAAAAUUAUUAGCCAAUAUGCUGCUAAUCUCUCCCUCCAAUUUUUCUGCCGGUGAAAUAGGUUCUGUAGUUGAGCUCUGUCAAGGGUGAAUUUUCUGUGUGAAUGUAUAUAAUAUUCUGUACACUUCUUUUAUCUGUAACAGACUAUCUUUCAUAGGAACCAAGUAAAGUAAAAGUGUACAUAUUUUAAUUCUUAGGUAUUAUGAUAAACCUUAUGAAAGUUUUCAGUGCAAUGCAUUGAAACAGCCUUUCAAUUUUGUUCCGUUAUGUCUUUAACGCAACAUUAUUUUUCCUUUAUCUUGGUUGGUGUUAGGACAAGUUAUUGUGUUAUUAUGUACAUAAAGAACUAGUAAAUUCUAUUUGUGUUUUUCAGCAAAUAAUUUUUUUUUGCCAUAUCUUAGACAUGACAACAAUGCCUCUGUUGCAUAAAAAUUCUAUAUAUUUAGAGAUAUAGCAGCUCCUCAGUUUGUUCAAAGGAAUAAUUCCAUUACUAAAAUGUGUAUACUGUGUUUUGGUAUUGUUCGUAAAUAUUAUUUUGAUUAUAACGAUCUCAUUUGCUGCUGUACAAUCUAUAAAAGUGUUUUUUGUUGCUUUGUACAAACCAGAUUGAAAUUUUAUAUCAGUAAUGCCUCUGUACAGUGAAAAGAUAUUUGUAUUUUGUACAUAAAAUAUUACAUAGAUUCAGCAGCUUGGUCAAAUAAAAUACUUAUAAAGUGGUACAGAUGAAAUUUUGGAGUCAUAAGUUGUCACUUUCCUGGCUGGAGACCUUCAUAAUUUGAUAGCCUCGCCGCACCAGAACUCAGCCAUUGGGCACCUAUCUGUCUCUUAGAUCCAUAGCAACGUUCCAUAUUAGUUUUAGGCAAAUCUGAGGUGGUCUGCGGCGCAAGUUGGAGUGUGUUGUGCUGCAGUACUCCCUAAUAAUUCCUGACACAAUUUUAAGGACCAUUUCGGCCCUAAACAGUCUUUUCUCUAGUGAAAAACUGAAAUCAUUUGAGAAUGCACGCAACACAUCGCCCAGCCACAGCCUUUUCACUGGUGUCACAAGCCUCACAGGAAAAGUCAUUUUUGGUCACCCUUGUUUAACUGCCCCUGGAAGGUAGGCCACCCUUUUGACUCUUCAUGGACCUACACCGCCUGUGAAGUAGGCAACUGAUCCGUCCCGCAUCACAUCAGUGUCGGACGGACGGAUAGUUACCGGGCCCGAA